AUGGCAGACGACCCUGGUAGCGCGGGCGGCGGCGACGACAGUGAAGGCGACCUCCGCAGCGGCGAGCUCGAUCUUCUGAAAUCUGGCAACUUUGCCGACGUCGACAUCGUCUGCGGCGACCGCACUUGGAAGUGCCACAGAGCGAUCCUCGUGCCCCGCUCCGCCUGGUUUCAGAAAGCCCUCUCGGGUCCAUUCGAGGAGGCAAGUACCAGACAGAUCAAACUGGACGAGGAGAACCCCGACAGCGUCGAUCUUGCGCUGAAGUAUAUCUAUAGCCGUGGGCUUGAAGUGGAGUCUUCCAUCGCGCCCAACAAUUUUGUCGAACAAUGCGUUUGCCUUUGGCAUCUUGCAGACUUUUUACUGCUCGGUCCGUUGAAGCCGCUUGUGGAAAAAGCUGUUCACAGUUACUGCGACAAGCGGAUGAAACAAUUUUGCACAUUCGGUGUGGCGUCUGAUUGGAUGAGUACGGCGACAACGGGCGAACUGACCCCGUGGGCCCUCGACCUGAUUUCCGGAGUCCGGCAGUCUUACAAAUGGAACGCCGAGCACUUGAAGGCAGUGCUUAUGGAAUUUCUUUGGGUCGGAAGAUUUGAUACUCUGCGGUUUGGCGGCGCCUCAGUCCUUUUCCAUCACCUGACAGACACACCGAAAUUCAUGGACGACUUCCUGGGCUACUAUGCUUCAGGCAAUUGGAUCCCGGAUCGAGUUUGGGCUGUGCUUUGUCGCAAAGAGGCUACCCUGCAAGCAGGACAACAGAAAUGUCGACGAUGCCUGAAACAUAUCACCUGGUCACACGAGGAUAGAAAUGGGCAAAUCGCGGAUCCCUUUGAGCUCGUCAGAAACACCGUCGUUACAACAGGCUGGUGCCGGGACUGCUCGAAGCUCGACACCAUCCCCUGGAGAGAGGAGAAUGACGGCUGA